CCGGUGUCACAUGGCUGGAUUAUUGUGACGCGUUUAUAAAAGUUACCGAAGAUUUUACAAAUCUGUUUAAAAGUCGAAGGUUUCGGGUACCAUUUUAUAGAAAGAGUUGAGUGGUAAUCGAGGAAACCGCUAAGUAACUAAUAAAAGAAAAAGUAAACAAAGAGAAACUGUCACUUGCUCUUACGGCCUUUUGAAAAAUCAAUCAAGAAUUAUCUAAAGUCGACAAUGUUGUUUGUUUAUAUAUUUAGUGCUCUAUUGCUCAAAAUUAUUGAAAGCAUGGAUAUACCUAGUUUACAUGAAGAUUAUACACAGAAACCUAAUUUAACAAGUAUUACUUGGGCACAUGCAGUUAAUAAUAAAACUUAUCUGUCUGAUGUAUUAAAUAAUGCUAACGUUAACUUUAUCGAAGCAGAUAUAUCAAUGGGUUACCUCGAAGAUGAUAAAAUUAAUCAAAACCUUAUUCCUGUUAUGGCACAUCCCCCAGCAAUAAAAUCAGAUUUAUCAUUGAACAAUUUCUUGAAACAAAUAAGGGAUUUCAAUAUGCAUGCCAACACUAGCCAGGUUAAAGGAGUAAAACUAGAUUUCAAAUCAAUCGAAGCCCUCGAACAAUCAGUUGGAAUACUUUCGUCAUGUUAUGAUACACGCAAAUUCAAAACAUGGAUUAACGCAGAUAUUUUAUCAGGACCUGUAAAUAACACUUCAACCAUACCAGUAGAUCCAAUAAAAUUUUUUGAUGCUGUAAAACGUAUGGAUAAUGUUACACUAUCCAUUGGUUGGACAACCAGAUGGAGCAACGAUGCUAAGGAAGGUCAAUACACCGAGGCUCACAUUCAACACAUGCUAAAUACAAUUAAGGACAAUGGCAUUGAUAAGAUGGGAUAUGACAUUACAUUCCCGAUUCGAGCCGGUAUUGCCGCCUAUAGCGUCAAAGAGUUAAAUAAUUUGUACUGUUCUUUAACGCAUACUAAUUCAGUCACAUUCACAAUAUGGUCCAGUGCUGAUGAUGCAGUAAAUGUAGUAAAAUUAAGAGAAUUUAUAUUUGCUAUAGGACUCGAUAGAAUUUAUAUAGAUGUCCCGGACCAGCUGAGACAACAACUUAACCUGACUAAUGGUCGGUCCAUGAAUAUAUGUGUGAAAUAAACUGAAACUGAAUCAUAA